AUGUUUAGUUUUUCCAACAAAGAAUGCAACAAGCUAAAACCUGUCAUUUUUGCGCAAAUUUUUCUAUUAUACUUAACUGCAGUCACGUAUAAUGUGUGGAAUGUAAGUGAAAUACCAUUUCUGAAGUCAAAAUUGGAGCCAAUUUGUUUUAGUGACGUUGCUUUAAUGAAAUGCGCCUUUUUCCUUCUAAGAACUAGUGUUCAACACUAUGAAAUUUCUAAGUUGGGGACUUCAAUUUCGAAUGUUGGUUCAGCUGACAAGGUCAUGUUUCCAUCUCAAAAAGAUUCGACGUCUCAUUCACGACUGUUGUCUAUAGUUAUCGUAAUAGUACUCAACAUAAAAAAGACUAACAUAACAUUUUGCUUCUUCAUACUGCAAAUUAGCAUCCAAACUAUUUUUCGCAUUGACUUUGGACCUGUUUACUUCUGCUACCACUCAAGUUUUCCAUUCCUUGUUCGAAAACUAGUAUCUAAUGAAAGUUUGCCAUCAGAGCCAUCGUAUGAUUGGCAAAAAAAUCUGAAUGUUUUAGGGUAUUUAUGCUGUCCUGAGGGAUCCCAACACCUUGAUUAUAAACACUUUUGUCUUUCAGGUAAGCAUGGCUUCGGUACAGGUUCGUCCAGAAAUUGUGCUCAGAUGGACAAACUGCUACCGAAAAGAUUUUCAAGAGACCUGGAAAAGUGCUGCAUGUUUCAAACAAUUUUCAUGAAUAAUGGAUAA